GAACUAGUAUAGUAACUAACUAACUAGUAAUAUCUCUGUGGAAUAAGGCUUUUCUGCAGCCUUUUCAGCUCCCUCCACACUCAUAAGGGUCCGUCCCUCUCUUCGCUCUUGCUCUCUCUCUCUCCUCUAACUUCUUACUUCCUAGUCUCGACUUCAACUUCGAAUUUUUCUUUUUGAUCAAGUGGAGAUCCCAUCGCGUGACGAUCUUCAGCUCCCGACUGUUUCCAACCUGUUCGUUCCUGGCUGAAUCCUGGUUGUCUCUAGUCUGUUCUCGUGUGUCCCAAAACUCCGCCGCGCUUAACCCCACCACUACUACCACCACCAGACAACACCAACAACCUCCUUUCCUUCCUCUCCCCCUUUUCUCUACUUCUCCCCCUUCCCUUUUCUCCAUUCCUCUUGAUCCAUCCACCGGGGCUCUCGGUUCUUGUGAUUUUCUCUAGUCCAAGAUUGCUCACCAUUGCUCACGAUGGAUCGGAACAUCGCGCGUGCUGUGACGGAUAAGAAGCCAGUGCCGGAGAUUGACUUCACCUUGCAUGUUAUGGAGGAUGGCACCCAGGUGUCCACCCUAGAACGAGUAGUUAAAGAGGUGCAAGCGCCGGCGUUAAACACCCCGUCGGAUGACCAGUUUUGGUCGCCCGAGGACCCAUCGAAGCCGAAUCUGCAGUUUCUCAAACAGCACUUUUAUCGGGAAGGUCGUCUAACUGAGGAUCAGGCGCUAUGGAUUAUACAUGCCGGUACGCAGCUGUUGAGGGCGGAGCCCAAUUUGCUGGAGAUGGAUGCGCCCAUCACCGUGUGCGGUGACGUCCAUGGUCAAUACUACGAUUUGAUGAAAUUGUUCGAGGUCGGAGGAGACCCUUCAGAAACCCGCUAUCUGUUCCUGGGCGAUUACGUUGACCGUGGUUAUUUCAGUAUUGAGUGUGUUCUCUACCUCUGGGCCCUGAAGAUCUGGUAUCCCAAUACGCUCUGGUUGCUCCGAGGCAACCACGAAUGCCGACACUUGACGGACUACUUCACCUUUAAGCUGGAAUGUAAGCACAAGUACAGUGAACGUAUUUAUGAAGCCUGCAUCGAGUCUUUCUGCUCGUUGCCGCUGGCAGCGGUUAUGAACAAGCAAUUUCUCUGUAUCCACGGAGGUCUCAGCCCUGAAUUGCACACGCUGGAAGACAUCAAAUCGAUUGAUCGGUUUAGAGAACCCCCAACUCACGGCCUUAUGUGCGACAUCCUCUGGGCCGACCCGUUGGAAGAUUUUGGCCAGGAAAAAACCGGCGACUACUUUAUUCACAACAACGUUCGCGGUUGCUCGUACUUCUUCUCCUAUCCCGCCGCCUGUGCUUUCCUAGAGAAGAACAACCUGCUUUCUGUGAUUCGCGCUCACGAAGCCCAGGAUGCUGGCUAUCGCAUGUACCGCAAGACACGGACGACAGGUUUCCCUAGUGUCAUGACUAUCUUCAGCGCUCCCAACUAUCUUGACGUGUACAAUAAUAAGGCCGCUGUUCUGAAGUACGAAAAUAACGUCAUGAAUAUCCGACAAUUCAAUUGCACCCCUCACCCUUACUGGCUGCCGAAUUUCAUGGACGUUUUCACGUGGUCACUGCCCUUCGUGGGUGAGAAAAUCACGGAUAUGCUUAUCGCCAUUCUCAACACCUGCUCGAAAGAGGAGCUGGAAGACGAGACACCCACUUCCACUUCACCUCCCGGACCUUCUUCUCCCCCGAUGCCCAUGGAUGUCGAAAGCAGCGAGUUCAAGCGACGGGCUAUCAAGAACAAGAUUCUUGCCAUUGGCCGUCUCUCUCGUGUCUUCCAGGUGCUGCGUGAAGAGUCUGAGCGGGUUACCGAGCUCAAGACCGCCGCCGGAGGUCGUCUCCCUGCGGGUACUCUGAUGCUGGGGGCCGAGGGUAUCAAACAGGCUAUCAACAAUUUUGAGGAUGCUCGUAAGGUUGAUUUGCAGAACGAGCGUUUGCCGCCAAGCCAGGAGGAGGUGUUUCGACGGAGUGAAGAGGAGAGACGGAUUGCUCUCGAGCGUGCUCAGCAAGAAGCAGACAACGACGCUGGGCUAGCCACAGUUGCGCGACGGAUCAGCAUGUCGGCUGGAUCAGGUAAACCUCGUCGACAGCGGGACGCCGCUCGGGAGUCUCGAGAAGCAUGAAAAAUGAAAGACCCACAUUGAGCCAUUUCCAUAUCAAUCCAGCAUUCCUUCUAAUGACGAGUUUGUUUUUUUUUUUUUUUUCUUUUGAAACUCCUUUGCUUUUUGUAGUCUGGUGAUUCCGGACCUGUAUAGAAGCGCCGCCGGUUCUGUAUCCGACACAAAGGGACUAGGGGACAAAAUGUUUGGGGAAUGGGGAUACCUAAGUAUAUGUACGCCUAGCGGACCGUGCCGGUUUGGUUUGAUCUGGAUUCCCACCCUUUUCGUGUCUGCUUUUUCUUCUUUGGUCAGAUGGGAGAAUCGAACACUGUAUUGGGUAUUAUUAUGGAAGAAGCAAGAUCGGGAGGCCAUAAUUGUACCGCACUUUGUGCCAAACGUCUGAGACGCUGGCUAUCUAUGAGUUGAUGAAUUAUACACACGAAUCCACUUCAAACCUAUUAUUUCAUAACCAAUAAAUC